CAGUUUGUCAUAAGUUUUGUAAAUAUUUUUUUGUAAUACGAAUUUUAAAAAAAUAAUUUAGAUCACUUUCCAAAGUCAUUUUCCACAAUAUAACGUUGCAAGAUGAUUAAUGUUGUGGUUUAUUGAAAAAAGUAAAAAAAUGGAGCAACCGCUUUCUAUGAAGCUAGCUUCGUUGAGCCUUAUUUCUCAGCAUAAAUUAGAAAAAAUCCUGGAUCAAUGCGGUAGCAAAGCGGAUUUAAUAAUUGACCCGUCUUUAAUUAAACCAUUGGAAAAAAUAUGUGGUGUUAGUUGGCUAAGACAACAUGGGAUAGAAAAAAUAUACAAAAUGGAUCCACAACUGGGCCCCACGGCAAACACAACUCGAAUCUAUUUAAUACCAGCUGACGUUAAAAAAUACAAAUGUGUUCUUGAUCAAAUUUCAUCACUGUUAAGUCAAAACCAAUCUCUCGCCGAUGCCAAAUGUUUCAAUAUUAUUGUCACACCUAAAGUUAUUUCCACUUUCGAUUCUAUUUUAGAGAAUAGAGGUCUCUAUGAUAUUGUCAAGUUGCAUUCAUUUGCUUGGGAGUUUAUGUAUCUUGACGAUCAGCUCCUUAGCUUAGAAUUGCCGUUUCUUUACAAGCAACUAUUUGUCAAACAAAAUCAUUCAUUAUUGUCAAGUAUUUCUAUGUCAUUGUGGAGCUUAUUCCACGUCACAGGGCGACCUAAAUGUAUUCUGUCCUUAGGCAAGUUAUCAGCAAGCGUGUUAGAUAUAAUGGAGGUGUACAAUGAGAGUUAUUCGAGAGAUUUUACCAAUCCGGAUAUUUCACGUGACUUCGGAGCCUUGAUUUUAAUGGAUAGAAAUCAGGAUUACGCUUCGAGCUUACUCACACCCGCAACAUAUAGUGGGUUACUAAGUGAAAUAUUUGAUGUAAGCUGUGGUCGGUUAGAAAUGAAUGGCAAUGAUACAAAAUUAAAAAGAGGGAAACUUAACUUUACAAUGUCUGAGGCAAAAAGUUCAAAAUCUACAGUAAUAAAUCUAGAUAGUUCUAUGGAUAAUUUAUAUGCUGAAAUUAAACAUAGACAUUUUUCUGAGGUUCUCAGUGUGUUGAGUUCGAAAGCUAAAUUAUUAAAGAAUGAAGAUAUAAAAGCGUUAGGUAUACAGGAGAUGAAGGAGUAUGUCGCAACAAAACUACAGCAAGUGACGCUUUUUAAACAGAAUCUAGUCAAUCACGUUCUAGUGAGCGAAACUAUAAUAUCAGAAAUGAAUAAUAAAUUCGAAAAUCUAACUUUAACUGAGAUCGAAAUGCUUAACAAUAGAAAUAAGAAGUCUAACUUCACAUUUGUGGAUGAGAAUUUUGGUACAGACAUCCAUAUUUACAAUAGUUUGCGGCUUAUGUGUCUUCUCAGCUUAACGCAGGGACUAUCUUAUGAAGAAUACAAUGCCCUUGUCAGCAAGUAUUUAUUAGCCUUUGGAUAUAAAUUUUUAUAUGUUUUCAACAACUUAAUGAAAGCUGGUCUGUUAGUGCAACCUACCAGCCCAAAAUUAACGCUGUCUAACUUAGGGAAUCUAAGUGAUAGGUUACCUAAAUGGCAGAACGAAUUUCAAACAAUUGCCAAUAAGCUAAAGCAAUUACCAUCUAAAUCAGACGAUGGAAAGUCACCGAGUUACGUUUUUAAUGGUGGAUAUGUUCCAUUAGUAGCAGUUAUAUGUAACGCAUUAUUAACCUCAGAAUCAUUACUAGAUGUUCUAACAAAACUGUCAGCUCUUACCGAUUUAAAAGUAGCCGGUGCUGUCGUAGAAAAACUUAAAGAUGGUAUAGGAACUUUAAAUGAAAAGUUAUCAAAUCUCAAUUUGCAGAGUGAUUUGGACUUCGGUUGUAGGGACGCAAAGACGUUAUUGAAAUCACUAAAAGGUAGUAAAAAUGAUUUAAACUUAAAGCCUAGAACGAUAUUAGUGUAUGUAAUUGGUGGAAUAACGUACGCUGAAAUAGCUGCUUGUAAUGUUAUACAAAGUGUUACAUGUAGUAAGAUUAUUAUAGCGAGUGAUUGUAUCGCUAGCGGCAGUGAUUUGAUGGCAGCCAAUACUUGAUAGUGUAGUUUGUCUUCAAAAAUAGAGGUUUUCAAUUCGA